UUUGGAGUGGCAGAUGUGUAUAUUUUCUUUGGAUCCCAGUCAAGCAUGUUCCCUGCCAUCUGAUGAGGGUGUGCCUGUCACCGCUGUCGCUGCUUAAGUCAUCCUCAGACGGGACACUGAGGUACAUCUGGAGUCUGGGUGGGUUUGAUGUGAUCAGUAUGAGCACUUUAUCGUAUAAAAAUCUUACCUGAUAUUGAUCGUUGGGGGGUGUUAUCCAGACUAAAGGAGUUGAUUCAUACAAAAGAUUGUAAAGGAAAGCACAAUGAGGGGAAAAAAUCCUUUAAGCCUUCUUAGAAAAAGUGUGUUUUUCUUGAGGCAUGUUUGUCCUUUCAUUGACUGUCAGAUUGUCUUACAGAGUCUUUACGUAAUCAAAGCUGCCAACAAUAGAGCAUAAUGUGACGUAUUUACUUUGCAGUAGACCAUGAAGAUGAUCAACUUAUCCUAUUGUUGCUGUUGUGUUUAACAGUGUUUCUCAACAUAUCAGCUUUAGAGAGCUGUGAAUAAAUGUUCUGUUUUUAGCUCUCAGUGACACACAAUUUCCAGUUAAUCCAGCUGCUGUUUUUAGAUGGAGUCGAGGCUGGCCUUUGGAACCAGCCUCAUGUGGACACUUGAGGUACUGCAGUUUUAGGCACUUACACAUUAGAUUUCAUGGUUGCUUGAGCAGCAACUCUUAAUAAUUUGGGCAGAAAAUUACCUCAGAAAAAUGGUGUGGUUAGUUUCUUAUUUCCAAAAAUACCAAAAAGAGAAAAUCCCCCUGACUGGAUUCUAAUCAGUCAGUGACAGAGAAGUGAGCUAUUUUCACCUCAAAUUGCCGAGACGGUGGUAACUUUUUAUGCUGAACACGCUGAAUGCUGAAAAUGCUGAAAAUGCUGACCUGCGUUUGGUUUGGAUAGAAAAUACACACUACGCAGAUCCUUAAUGUUUCAUAUGCUAUCCUUUGACUAGAUCGCCCUUGUUUAGCUACCAAAAAUGUUAUGCCUUUAGAUACUUGUGUUAUUUUUUUAAGUAAAAAGAGAAAAAAAUGUCAGUAUUCAACUUCAUAUCGACUCAGGUGCUACAUGGCCAAACCACAUUGAAAACAAUGAAGCAAAAUUGAACAAUAACCUUUCCACUAACUUUUUUGCUUGUCUUAUUUUUUGCAUCCUUUUAUUUUCUUAGUAAUUUUAUUUUAUUUUUUUGGAUUGCCACCUCUUUGGGUCGUUCACUUCUGUUGUGGCUUUUUUUUUUGGCAGUAAGAACUUUUUUUUUUCAGCGCCACUUUUUUUGCAUCGUUCAUUUCUAUUGUGGCUUUUUUUUUUUGCUUCUGUUAUUUUCGUAGUAAUUUUUUUUUUGCUUCCCCCCUUUUUUCAGUCGGUCACUUCUGUUGUGGCUUUUUUUUUUUUUUUGCAUUCCCAUUUUUUUUGCUUCAUUCACUUCUGUUGUUUUUUUUUUUUUGCAUCCUUUUUUUCGCAGUAACCUUUUUUUUUGAGUCACCACUAUUUAUUUUUUUUGCGUUGUUCACUUCUGUUGUGGCUUUUUUUGCUUCAUUUUAUUUUUGCAGUUAGUCACUUUUUUUCACAUCGCUACUUUUUUCUGUGCCGUUCACUUCUGUUGUGGCUUUUUUUUUUAUCCGCACUGUUCCUUUUCUUUCUUUCUUUCUUUCUUUCUUUUUUGCAUCACCUAUUUCUGUUGACUUUUUUUUUUUGCAUUCUUUUUUUUUUUGCAACAGUGGCGGUUCUCGGCCACCGUACAUUUUACUUUGUGGCUCCAAUCCCACAUGAUUCAGUGUUUUAUCAGUUGAUAUAUGUCUGCAGUGUGGUUUACACAGUCCUGUACUUGCACAAGUGUUACUGGAGGAUUUACUGUUCUUUGUCAGAUAAAGCAGCCAUGAUGACUCAUCAAGAUAGAGCCAUCAAGAUAGGCAGAUCCAGAGCAGGUUUUCUUUUCUCUCAAACUUCCUAGGAAUAGUUGGAUUUCCUCUUGAAUCGACUUUCCCAGUGUGUAGGCGUGUGUUUUGGUUGGACUGGUAAGGGAAGAGGCUUUCUCGCAAUGACUCUGCUGUGGCGUGUUUCAGCUGUGUAACAGUUAUAUAAUCCCCGCUGAAGCUGUCGUGCCCUGGCCGUCGUUCAGUUUCAGUUUGAGGAAUGCUGCUCCUGACUUGUUGCCAUGUAGGUCUCUGUACAUGCGUGUUACAGCCGCUCGGCGUGUUCGCAGUGGAGCUACUUGAGGGCUGCAGAGUCAUGUUGGUGUAGAAAUUCCUCCCCAGCAGGGACAGGAACACGGGCUGUGGACUCAGAGCAGCAGGGGAAACUCAUAGCUAAGCACAUUUAGUCCUUUAUUGUGAAGAAUGACAGAUGUGUUGAUUUCCUGACAGGACGGAAACCUUUCGUAACCCGGGUGUACAGCCGCUGCCACCGGUGGGUGAACGACCGACGCAUUUACGUGAUUUCUGUACGAAGUUGAACGGCUUUUGUCGAAGCGUGAAUAUUUGGUGAGUGUUUACAACAUUUUCAACACUAAAAAGUGCUGUUUUAUACCAAUAAUAAACGGGCUGUUGUGGGGAAAAUCAACGUUAAACUCGACUAAAGCUGUCGUAAGCAGAACUCGUGACAUUUGUUGUGUUACUUCUUACCACUUCGCCAUGAGAGCAGCAUUUCUUUACAGCAUAUCCGGUAGUUUUAAUGUCGACCAGUCGACCAUUCAGAUAGUUUCCUGUGUAGAGUGGAGAUUUGUAAAAGUGAUGCGAAACUUUGACUCAGUCCUGUGUUGUCCUCGAACAAGUAACCGAGUGUCCAACUGAGCUACAGUGUGUAGGAUUUACGACCAAAACGUCAAAAAAUAAUCGAUUAAUCGUUAAGAUCUCCGAGUAAAAAUGUUCGAAUGUGUUCUUGAUUGAGUUGUGAGAAUUUGCAGAUUUCCCUCAUAUCUAAAAUUUGAUUUAAUAUGUAGGUAUUUGUGUCAGAGUCGAUUAAUCGAAAAUCUUUCAGGAAUACUGUGAAAUGCAGAUAUCAAUAUUUUAGGGAAUUUAAUUUACGAAAACCUUUUUACAAAAAAUUACGUUUUACAUAGUUUUUGGUAAAAAGCCCUGCAGAUAUGCAGUUUUAUCUUUAGUUAAAAUUUACAAAUGUCCUCUAUGUUCAUGAAUUUAGUAACAGUUCAUUGUUGAGUCCAUAAAGUAAUAAAACAAAACAAGUGAUAUUAUGAUAAUGCUUCUUAAUAAUACUUCUAUCAACAGCUUUUUUGCUGACUGAAAUGAACAACUGACUAUCAAAAUAAUUGCAUUUUUCUUUCGCAGAAAGAUUAACAAUUAAACAGAAACAAUUCUUGAUAUUUUAUUAGUUGUUUUAGACAUUUUUACGACUGUCUGAGAUUUAUGGGAUCUACUUUUUGUCAUAAAUUGUAACAUGGUGCUAAACCUAACAUUUAAAGAAAUAGAGGAAUGAAGUAUAUUCAAAUAACUAAUAAAGAUUUGAAAACCAAACAUAGGAAAGCUGAAGUUGUGCACAGGUGCCAGGGUUAAAAAUCUCCAAAUCAAUACGUGAGUUAAGGACAGCAUGUUCUGUGACAUUUGUUUGGCUUGACUCUUCCAACAGAUGACUAAGAGUUGUCCUUAAUAAGUCAUAAGUCAAAUGAGUUUACUCUGUCUGUUGUUGCUGAAAUGGUAGUUUUUCAUUCAGGAGGCGAAACUGAGAUCACUUCUCUUGAUUUAGGUUAAAGCAACGAAUGUGCAGCAGUUGUAUUCUCAAAGAUUAACUCAUGUACUAUCUUUGCUGCAUGGGGAGUUUACUGUUAAGCUGUUAGACGUUCUCUCUGGUGUUAUAAAAUCAUUUUUGUCAUCGUUAACCUCUGACCCCAUUCAGCCGUCACAGCAGCUAAGAGAUGAAACAGCAGAAGAGCCUUUGUCUGAAUCACUGACGUUACAAAACUUCACCAAAACAUGUGGUCAUUACAACUCAGCAUUGACUCAACAUUUUUCAAGGUUACAUGAGGACAUCUUCACUGACUUUGCAAAAGGUUGCUCUGUAAUAUCUCAUAUGUUCAGGUUAAAUCAGACUGCACGGGCUGCGGUGCUGUCCUGUCUGCCAACUGCCAACAGGAACAGUCUGUAAAUAGUUAACUCGACAGCUUUGUGCCUCUGUAGUUUCAUUUUAUAAAUCUGCAGUGAGCCAGGCCUAGGAUUUAUGAAAAACAAACAUUCCUGCGUGCCAAAAUCAUUUGUCUUCAUUCGUGGUUUCUAGAAAGUAACAAACUACAUGUUAUGAACAGCACGGAUUUCUAUUAUUUCAAUCAUUCAACAGCUGUUUGGGUCAAAUCUGGCAAAACUUAACACUUCGACAGCCUGCUGGGCUAACAGUCAGGCGCUUGGUGAAAAGGGCAUUUCUAGAAAACCUCAGUGAAAUCACUAAACUGUUCAGAGCCAGUGCGACAGCGGCUUCAGAGUAAUAGUAACCAGGUUAUGCAGUAUGGGUUUGCACAAUCAGCCUCUGUUACCCACUUAAAGCCUGAUCAGCAGAGUCGUGCAGGCAGAUCUAUCCAAACAUAACGGCUCUUUAUGGAAACUGACUGAGCUCUACUGUAUUAAAACCUCUGACUUUCUUUCCCUCACUCCUCCCGCCUUUGACUGCACCAUCCCAAAGCUCAUUCCACACUCAGUUUCUCUCCUCUAUCUCGUCUUUUCUCCCUCAAAAUCUCUCUCUUUCUCUGCUCCACUUUCCCUCCCUUUUCCGUCUCUUGUUGUUGAAGUCAUAUGACUGACUGCAGGGUGAGAGGUGAGGGAGCUCGAGGCUCAACAGAUUUGAUUGUGCAACUCUGCAAAGCUUUUGGACCAAACUACUCACAACUCUCUUGUGGUCCGUUCAGUGAAGCUCACACAUACUCAGACAUAGUAUCAGAUAGACACUGACUAAUGAGAUCGAAGCUGAUUUGUUAUGAAGUUAAGGCCAAACCUCUGGUGCUGUAAGUUUUCACAGAGGUCAGAGUAGUUUUAUCUCUUGCGGGAUCAGAGUUUUUCUCCUUACUGCUAAAAAUAAACCUACUGCUGUUGAUUCUGAGUGUUUUUUUUUUUUUAUACAGAUACAUACAGUGUUGCUAACAGGCAGCAUUCCCCAGUCCACGAGCUGAUUUGUUCUGCUUCAAUCUGCAGCAGCCAGCUAGUGACUUGAAGGAAUGCAGAGACCUCGUGUUUGUGUGCAGCUGCCCUUGGUUUGCACAGACACAUUAAAAAUGUCUGACUACCAUGCAUUUCAGGAAUGUGCAACCACUACCUAUGAGUUUUUAAGUAAUAAGUUAUCUGCUAUAUAUCAAGGCUGGUUAUUUACAUGACUGAUCGCUAAUAAUUCAUGAAAAAGCGUGAUUUGACUCCACCACUGUCUCCCCCUCUGGGUGUCUUUUCACCGUCUACUCUGCCAUGUUUAAUAUCUCACUCACACUGUAACAUGAAUGUGUGACUGAACUGUGCUGUUAAAUAUAACUCCUGUACAUGACGGUAAAGGUCAUCUUGGACUGAGUCAUUAAAGUGCGUUUUGAUUUGGAUCUGUAGAAUCAUAAUUUGGGUAACAUCUGUUUUCUCCUAAGCCGAUCUUAAUGAAAUGCCAAGGGCAGACCUAAUAAUGGUAUUAAUGAGGAGUCUCCUGAAGGGACGCAUUCCCUAGCUUUUUCAAAUGGAAAUUGAAUUUUUAAUAGUACAAAGGUAAGAAAAACAGGCAAAAACUGUCAGUUAUUUAGCACUGAACACAGGAUCAGCGUCUAUGUGUAUGAAAUCAGAUUGGUUUUCUAUUUAAUGUAUUACUUUGCUUUAGCUUGGUGGUUACACGCCAGUUUAACAAGCCAAAGCCUUCAUAUAACUUUCAAUUUUCUUGAUCAAAUACUGUAAGUUAUUAGUUAGUUAGUUUGUACUUAAAGUGUCCCAUACAACAAUAGCAAAAACAUUACAAAAAUAUAACAAAAUAUAACAUAAGACGAAUAUCAGACAUGUAACGCACCAUAUACGUAACACUGAAGCGGCUGCAGUGCCUCAAAGUCCCUACUCUAACACUCAGUGCGUUUACACGCACAGCUGAAUCAAACUAAGCUUAUAAUUCGUUUUUUUUCGGACUUCGCUCCUUGUCCGCGUAUACAUGCAGCUGAGAAAAUCAAAUUAUUGAUGUGAACGUGUCCCCCUCCCAGAAACUAGGGGGCGAUAUUGGUCCUUUCAGCGGCGCUGUUUUCAGUUGACCCGACAACAACAACGCAGGUCCGUGCCAGACGUCAGAAGUGGCUACAACUGCUGCUGGGCAUUUUUCGAGCAAGAAGGUGGAGCAUCGUACAGCGUUGUUUUUGUUGUACAUGAUGUACGUGCGCUACUUUUUCUGCAGAUAAAAUGCACGCUACUCCUCUGGUGUUUUUGUUAUGGGGUUACGGGGGCGUGGCACACAUGCACAUGGAUUGUCCGAUCAUACUCCCUUAGUUGCAUGGUAGAGAAAAUCGUAUUCCAAUCGCAUUAUCUGGGUGUCUUAAUCGGACUUCUCCAACUCCAAUCCAAGUUCUCAAACUGUGAUUAUAGCCGGACUAAGGUGUUUACAUGCACUUCAGUUGUCCGGUCGUAACUGGAGUGAGGCAAUAAUUCGGUUUUCUCGAAUGUCAUGUAAACGUGCUGAGUGAUGCCAUCUGCCAUCUGUGCUUGUUUACAUCUGGGUAGUAGAUCGUUGUAGCUUUAGAGAAGUUACCAGCAACUUGCUCGCAAGGCACCCUACACUUAAAACACGACAUUUGACCUACAUGAAUUAACAAUGUUGAUAUUUUUGUAAGGUUUAGCGGUUUUGGUGUCAAACUAAGCACAUCCCAAGUAUUAGUUCAGCCUUGCCUUUUCCAUACAUACAUUAGCCUGUAUGCUAAGAGCACAAAGCAUUACACUUGUAUCAGGGGGCUUAUUAAUAUAAUAUAAUGAGAGUCUUAAGUAGCUUUUUAUCGGAGGCAGGUGCGCCAUUUAAACCCAUUUACAGUGAUUACAUUCAACUUAAUUACAGUGCGUGUGCUGUUUGCUGGCGCCUCACUGGGGUGAUAGAGAUCUUUAAAUGAAAGUGUAAUCAUAUUCCUUCUCUUUACUCACAUUUACUAACUCGGUGAUUAUCAAAUAUUGCUUUAGGAUCACACUCUUUCAGCUUCAGUCAGACACAUGCAGAUAACAGUCGUGUGAAGUCCUCUCCCUUACUGUUCUGUUUUCUUUUAUUACAUCAGAGGCACGUGGCUGCGGUUAUUUUGUUUUUCUUUAUAUUAAAUUAAGACAGACGGUCAAACUGGUUCCAGUUAAUAUUCAAAUUAGCUGGAUGUUGACACCUGCCUACUCAGUCACGAGGGAGGAGUGUCUUUACUCGCUCUGAUAAUAAGUGUGAGUGUAGACGUGACUGAGGUUUAGACAGGCGGUGGAGUGUCUUGGCAGGGAGAGCAGCGUCUAGCGUCUGGUAGGUGUUCAUUCAUGCCUUUUGUAGCUUUAGAUACAGCGUGUGCUCUCUGUGCGUUUCACAUCUGGCUGCUGGCUCAUUCACUCCUCCGUGACUCACAGUGACUGUUAUUUGAAUCAGCCUCUUGUUUGGGGGGGAGCGCUUUGAAGAAACAAGAAGAUUAGAGAGCUUAGAGCGCAAAUGUCAAACUUUAAAGCAAAGUUUUGACGAGUCUUUGAUGUCCUCUGACCUGAGGCUGUAGAUGAAAAUUAUUUUCAUUUCUGAUUUAACCGAAAACAGGCGACUUCCCCAACUUUGUCUUUUUCUUUUCCUCUCUUAGCCCGGAAACUAAUGAAGUUAGAAACAAAUAUAAGGAUCUGAAACAAAUGAGAGAGCUGCAUCUUGGAUUAAUUAACAGGAAAAUACAGUUUUUAUAAAAGAGAUGGUGAUAGUUUGAACUGGAGAGGAAGUCAUCUGAAAGUCACACUCUUUCUUUUCUUUAUAUUGAACCUUUAAAUGUAAAAUGAACAUGUGUACAAGAUGUUUGAGGACAGGAUGGAAAAGAAAUGCCACAAUCUCCCACAUUUGGACUUGAAAUCAUGUUUUUAGGCCUUUAACUUGUAACUAAUGGUUGGCACCGCCCAAUGUGCAGAAACUUAAACCCCCUGUGGACAGUCUCGGUUUAGUUCUGACCCUUCGCUGCAUGUCAUUUCCCAAUUUCCUACUCUAUCCACAGUCCCGUCAGGCCCUAAAUGACUCUCGUUGUUGAACUCUUUUGGGUGAUAAUCAAAAAGUGAUAAUUUGUUAAAGUUGUCAGUUUUUCUGAUUAAAUCAAACCAAAAGCAAAGAGAGAAGAUGAACAUGAAUCAAAGCUGUGGCAUGAAGAAGCUCCGCUUAAUUUGUUUUUUCCAUUUCGGCUGCAAGGAAGUGAAACCACGUGUGUCAUACUUACUCACCCACGCACACGCACACAAGGAAAAAGAAAAGGAUGUUCACAUGCUUUUAUAAAACUCUCUUCAAACCACUCAAAGUCUCCCAAAAGUUGGUCAGUUUAUGUUUGUGUUUCUUUUUUUGUUUGUUUUGGCAGGAGAAGCAUCAGGACAAACUGGGUCAUAUAAAUCCCUGCUGAGGGGACGCUGAAGCGCUGAGGACUCUGAUUUUUUAAGAAUGGAUUACUUUCCAAACCCUGAAACCCGUAAAAACCGGACCGGCAUCAAUGUCCUGAUCAGGGUUUGACUCGUGCUGUGGCGACUGGAUUUGAAGCAUGAAAGUGGCCAUGUGGGAACUUGGAUCUGUGGAUAAUGGACUGCUCAGCACUGUUGUUUACCCUCUGUAUUCAAGCAGAGAAACAUACAAGUUGGACCUUUUUGAUAAAGCGACAAGUGCUUUCACUGGACUGCUCUCUCUGCCUGGUGGCUCUGGGUGGGACCAUCCAUGGAUAGAACCACCACGCUCUUCUCAUACCUAAUCUUGAGGGGUAUGUCUUUUUGCUGAACAGAUUAUUGAGUGAAAUUUGAGGCAAAAUGGAGGAACUAAGAACAUCCGCUCUCUUGAGCUUUGACAUGAACAAUUUAAAGACCAAAGGAGUUUCCUCUUUUGACAUUCUGACCCCCAUGGGGUAAGAACUAACCAGAGUUUGGACUGUAAAAGACUGGAAAUCUGAAAAAAAAGGUUAAUCCUGCCAACAACAACAACAAAAAAAAUCGGAUUACUUCUUUAUCUCUGCCUGAGGAUGAAUUGCCCAGUGAGGAAGAAACGUCCCACACGUGACUCUGAUUUCUCGGCUAUCGUGGUUCCCUCUAUGCACGGCUCCGGGUAUCUUGACUACACAGUGGAGAGCCAUGCGUCCAGAUCUCUUAAGGUGAUGGAGGAGUUCAGACAGCAGGAGUUGCUGUGCGAUCUGGUGCUCCACGUGACGUACAAGGACAGGACGGUGGACUUCAAGGUGAGAGAAAUACAAAAAUAAGACCUCAGUUUGGGCCAGAUCUCUAAGAGUUAAGCAGAGUUUGAAGACAAUCUGACAACACGAUAAACCAUUAAAUGCUGACCGUGCCUCUUUACUUCACAUCCGUCAUUGACACUAAUUAUAAAAUCAACUUUUCUUAAUCUCAGGUUGUUUGUCAGAAAGUCAGCAGGUACUGUAAGUUACUGUAAAUAGCAGUAGAAUACAGUAUUUGUACGCCACAUGCGUGAUACGUGGUGAAAAAUGAAACACGGCAGUCUAGAUAGGAGAUAAAUCAGAGCUCUGUUUGGAUCAAAUGAACUUUUUCGGAUUAAUAGAAGUUCGCCUCAGCUAUCCGCCUCGCCACAACAUGCAAAUGCCAAAGUGCUUAGCGUGUUAUGUAACACAGACCUUCCCAAAGGCUUCAUUUGCAUAUUACCAGCACACCAUAACUGAACCUUAGCUGCCAAAUGUCAAGUUCUGUCUUGUUGUUUUGUUGAAAAUCGCUUUCACUCUUUAUAUUUAUAUGUGUGCAUAUAGAGUAAAGCAUAAUACCUAUAAGGUGCUGAAAAUUCUAUGGAAUAUUGAACUGUUUUUGAACAUAUUCAGGUUAUUCUUAUUCACUUAUUUUACAUUUUAUAAAUAAAGUUUAGAUUAUUUGUUCCGCUAUUAUUUAUGAUGUGUUUGUUAACUCUGUCGAUCAGAUCUGAACAGCAGCUGUUUAAUCGUUAACGAAUUAAACGUCAGUGUUUCUCUAUCGUCGGAUAUUUAACAUCCAGGUUCACAAGGUGGUCCUGGCCUCCUGCAGCCCGUACUUCAGAGCCAUGUUCACCAGCAGCUUCAGAGAGUGUCGAGCCUCUGAGGUCACUCUGCGUGACGUCUGCCCCCAGGUGGUGGGGAGACUCAUCGACUUUGCGUACACAGGCAACAUCACAGUGGGAGAGAAGUGCGUUCUGCAUGUGCUUUUGGGCGCUAUGAGGUGAGUAUGAUAACCUUAUUAGAUACAGACACAGAAAGGAAACCUGAAUUUAUACACUUAAUAGUUAACUCUAACAAUGUUUGGGUUUUACUUUAAAUACACAGCAAGUCUUCUCUUUCUCCGACAAGGUAUCAGAUGGAGGACGUGGCCAAGGCGUGUUGUGAUUUCCUCAUAAAGCAUUUGGAGCCCGCUAAUGUCAUCGGCAUCUCUCGCUUCGCCGAGGAGAUCGGCUGCACGGAGCUGCACCAGCGGAGCCGCGAGUACAUCAACAUGCACUUCAAUGAGGUGAGGCAACACAGACUCAGUGCAUGUCAAAACAUAAAGAGGUCUUUGCUCAAACGUGAUGUUUUUCAUAUUAAUUCAGUGGUUGGUUUGUCUGUACAAUGCUGGUGUGUUUUGUCAUCUUAGGUGACGAAAGAGGACGAGUUCUUCAGCCUCUCUCAUUGUCAGCUGCUGGAGCUCAUCAGUCAGGACAGUCUGAAGGUGCUCUGUGAGUCUGAGGUGAGUGCCGUAAAAAUAAAGCAUCUUCAGACUCCGUAAUGACAGGAAAAGGGGAAGGACAGAAGCAAAAUUGUUCUCAUAGAAUUUCUUCAAAGUCCUUGAGUCAGGUUUUUACUUUUUAUGAGGUCGAACAGGUCUAAACAAGCAACUGUUAGUUUAUUCAUCAACCCUUACUCUUCACAUCAGGUGUACAAGGCGUGUACAGACUGGGUCCGCUGGGAUACAGAAGGUCGAGCUCAGUACCUUCACGCCCUCCUGAAUGCUGUCCACAUCUACGCUCUGCCUCCAAAGUUCCUGAAGAACCAGCUCCUCUCCUGCCCCAUCCUCAGCAAGGUGAGCCGCAGAUUUCCAUGAUUUCUGGCCAACAAGGAUCACGGUUUAUGGAUGAAAGAAGAUGUAUUCAAAAGUUCUCCUGUCCUCUCUUUUAACUCUAGGCCAAUGCCUGUAAGGACUUCCUGUCUAAAAUCUUCCAGGAUAUGACGCUGAGGAAGCUUCCUCCUGCUCCAAACCGAGGGAUUCAGCUCAUUUAUGUGGCCGGCGGGUAUUUACCUUCUAUCUACAGUGUUGUACUGUAAAGCAUGAUUGAGACACUGAGCAUUAUUAAGUAGGAUUGAAAGAAGCUAUUUAUCAUCACAGAGAGAUAACACAGUUUGCUGGGGGCUUUGACGCCCUCCUGUAAACACAUAUAAAUGAGUGAGCUGUUUCAGCAGCAUCAUCGUCCUUUUCUGGUUUUCUUCAAAAAUAUCUGGCAAGAGCAUGCCGUGGUUUUGUAACCUGGCAAAUCGAAGCGAUUUAUGGGUGCAGAGAAGUCUCGGGCUGCCACCCAGUGGCCUCAAAAAGCCCUCCAGUCUGGAGCUCAGCUUUCUGAGAGACUCCCUCAAAUUUAGAAAAGAAAAGGUUUAUUCCAAUCCAAUCCAAUCCAGGUCUAUUUGUAUAGCACUUGUAUGUGUGUAUAUGUACAUAUAUAUAGAUAUACAUUGUCAUCAUUAUUUAUUUUUUGCGCAGUUUGCGUCCUUUUUUUUAAUUUUAUUUCUCACUUUUUUCUGGUGUGUAUUUGUUGAGUUUUAUUUAUUUAUUUAUUUAUUUAUUUUUUUUGGGGGGGGGGGUUUGAGGGGGGAAAAAAUCACUUAUGUAUUGUUGUUUUUUAAGAUGAAUCUUCUGACUCAUUAUUGAAUAAAUAAAUUAAAAAAUAAAUAAAUAAAUAAAAAAUAAAAGCAAAAUAAAAAGAACCAGACGAUUAACACGAACAAUAAAACAAAGACACAGGAACACAUUAAAAACAGGGGGACAUAGAUGGUUCAGUAAAAACAUGAUUAAAAGGUGAAGUUCUCAGGAGUAAAAGUGCGUUUUCAAAUUUAAUUUAAAAACAGGCAGUGAGGGGGACAGUCGGACAUGAAGAGCAUUCCAGAGCUUAGGCGCAGCGACGGAAAAAGACCGGUCACCCCUGAACUUUAAUCUUAACCUAGGGCAGUGGUUCUCAUGUCCAGUCCUUGAGCUCCCCCGUCCUGCAUGUUUUGGAUGUUUCCCUGCUCCAACACACCUGAUUCAAAUGAUCAGCUCGUUAUCAAGCUCUGUAAUGGCUUCAUAACGAGCUGAUCAUUUCAAUCAGGUGUGUUGGAGCGGGGAAACAUCCAAUACAUGCAGGACAGUGGGCCUCGAGGACUGGACUUCAGAACCGCUGACCUAGGGACAGUCAGAAGGCGCUGGUCAGAGGAUCUGAGAGUCCGAGAUGAAAUACGGGGUUUUAAAAGGUCAGAGAGUAAAAAAAGGAGCAAGCCCGUUUAAAGAUUAAUUAACAAAAUUUUUAAAAUCAAUCCUUAAACACACAGGAAGCCAGUGAAGAGAGCACAGGAUGGAUUUUUAGCCAAAGAACCACCAUCAAGAUAUUUUUUAAAAUUCAUACCUUGCUGAAAUCCGAAUUAUGCUGAAUGAGCAAUUAUGGGUUGUUUGAUGGCUCUGUUAACCUUUUUUUGGCAGUAGAGUAUAAAGACAUUUUAAAACGAUUAUAAUAUUGUCCUGAUUUUGAAAACUUUUGAAAUCAGCAGAUUGAAGGAGUUUUUUUCAGUCACACAGGAGCACAUUUGUGCCGCCGAGCUGCAUCCUGUGUAGAAUGCAUGUAAAAUCAAGAGCGCAUUAUGUGUAACACACUCAGCGUUUUCUUAUCUCCACGCAGAUACCAGCAGCAUUCACUGGCCUCCAUGGAGGCGUAUGAUCCCAGGAGGAAUGUGUGGCUGAGGCUGGCUGACAUGGGGACCCCGUGCAGCGGUCUGGGAGCCUGUGCGCUAUUUGGACUUCUCUACACUGUAGGUUACACUCAGAGGGAUUUCAUUAUUCCAGUUCUGAUUGGCGCCAAAUGACAGUGGAAUACACCGAAGAAUGAUUUUAUGUUAUGAAACAAGAGAGAAAUCAGUGCAGUGUUUGUUCUGAGACUUUGAAGAGAUCAACAUAAUCUCUUCUUUAAUCCUCCUUUCUUUCUGACUCCAGGUCGGAGGCAGGAACCUGUCGCUUCAAACCAACACUGAGUCAAGUUCCCUGUGCUGCUACAACCCCAUGACGAACCAGUGGAGCCAGCGAGCCUCCCUCAACAUCCCCAGGAACAGGGUGGGCGUGGGCGUGGUGGACGGCUGCAUCUACGCCAUCGGAGGCUCCCAGAGCUCCACGCAUCACAACACAGUGGAGAGGUGAGACUUUUCAAGGGUGUGUGUGUUCACGCGUGUGUGUGUGUGUUUUUAAAUUCAACCAGGCACUCAAGACGUAAUUUGAUUUUAAUGACAUCUUAUUCAGGAGGAUGAGUGUAAUCAUUUUGGAUUUGCUCCAAGCGUUUACCUGAGUGUAAGUAUGGAUAAUGGCGGAGAGGGCUGACAUGAAAAGCUGCCAUUCAACAUAAAGAGCAGUCGAGAAGUUUGCAGGUUCUCCUUUUUAACCCAAUUAGAGAAAACAACACACACUUCUUUAAAACAUGCUCAAACACAUUUCCAAAGAAUGUGGAUCUGCUCGGGAGCGCUCUGCUCCUGCUGCGGUCAGGGAGGGGUUUAAUCAUAUUCGAUACUUUAUACUAAUGUGGUUCAAAUCCGCCUCAAUCGAGUAAAACAAAAACUUAGUCAUCUUCAAAUAACCGCUUCAAAUUUCACCUCGAUCCCUUUUUACAUUUAAAGGUAUGGAUUUCCAAAAGAGACGCUAUUCACAGGAGGAUUAUUGUUAGAACUCAUCAGGCGCCACUUGGAAGUCUUUUCAUGAGGAGCUGCUAAAUAUAAUGAAGGCUGAUAAAAGUGCCGGAAUGGAAAUUCAUCGUGAAACACGUCAAAAGAGAUGAAAGCGGUUUAUGUUAACAAUGGUCGGCAGGAGCGGCUUCUGAGGACGCUUCCCAAAUGAAUCCCAGCAACACGUAAGAGACGUUCAACAGGGAGCUAAAGGUAUCAUUUGAUCUACUCUACAGGAACAUCAGGGUUAAAGUGACUUUUCCAAAGGGCUCCCUGCCAACGUUUUAGGGCCGGUGAUGUAAUAUCAGACACCUUCCUAUCAGCAGUUUACAGUGUGACAACACCUUGCCCCCAAAGACCCUCUAAUCAUUAACCCGGCAGAGAGGACACCAAGUCCAGCCUCUUGUUCUCGGUUGUUCCAGCGUUAAAGGCGCAGAUCAAUGUUUUAGGGGUUUGAAGGGAAACCAUUCGAAGGAAACUGUCUAUUUCUAUGGGUAAAACAUGGCAUCACAGCUAGAGGGCGAUUAGCCUGGUUUAGCAUGAAUAUGAGGUCAAAGCAGGGAGGCUGAUGCGAAAGCAAAGUCUUAAAACACCCCACAAAUUAGCAUGUGGUGUUCUGUUUGUUUAAUCUGUGCAAACUCCAAAGUGAAAAUAAAGUCACAUUUUGUUGCACAGUUAAAAUCCUAAAUAAAUUGUUAGGGUCCUGUUUUUGUGUGGAUUAAAACCAAAGCCUGAAGUGUAUUUAUAUGCCACCCUUUAGUCCUGUUAUGGUCGGCUUACUCAUCCAAACUUUAAAAUCAAAGUAGACACACACAGAGGGAAAAGGCAAGAUUUCAGCCUCAAGUGGACACUCAAGGAACUGCAGUGUUCUGUCUGCUGCACUCAGAUCACAGAUUUGAGUUUCAUGUCAGGUAUCUGAGUCCUGUCAGUCCUCUUAUCCAUCUCUGAGAAACACAGUGAAGACACGUGUUAGAUAAGACCCGUUCCUUAUAGCACAUGGAGACUGUUUUGGUAACACUUUACAAUAACUAUAAUUUAUAAAUGGUAAAAAGAUAGUUUAUUAAUGUAAGUUAAAAGUUACUUUAGCAUUAACAAGCAAUGAAAUUAUGAUUAAUAAUUUUCAUUAAGUAUUAAUGGACUGUUUAAAAUGUGUGUCAGUAGCACUUUGUAAAUGGUUAAUUUGGUUUUUAAACCAUCUAUAAACAUUACUUAAAUGGUUACUGUAAAGUUGUAACUGAUGCUUGUAAUACUUUGUAAAUGAUAAGUGGUUUAUAUUCGGUUAAAUUCAACUUUAUUUAUUAAGCGUAUUUCAUGCACAACAACAGGUUUCACAACAGGGUAUAUAAUAAGAACAGUUAUAUAAAAAUCAAUUAGAAAUCAAUUUAAGAGUGUAGGUGCAAGUGGACAACACUUAAACUCGUAUAUGCGCACGCACUCACACAUGGAGACAUGCACAUGCACACACAUAUACACACACACACACACACACAGUUCAAUAGAACGUCAUAGAAAAAAGGUUUUUAAUCUGUUUUUAAAGAUGGCUACUGAUGUAGCAUGUCUAACUGCGUCAGGCAGGGUUAAUUUUAAAAAGUAUGAUUUUGACAGAAAGCCCACCUAUAAACAUUACUUAGAGAUGGUUAUUGUAAAGUUAGGGUUAGGUUUUUAAAAUUGUAAAAUUUACAGUUUAUAUCUAUAUGCUAUUUACCAUUUCUAAGUUAUGGUUAUUCUAAAGUGUUACCUCUUGUUUUACUCUAGACACUGAGUAGAUAUUUUCCACAUGUCCCGGCCUCACAGUAAAAACUUCACAUUGUUAGUGUUUGGAGAUAUCUGUUGGACUACAGACUCACGUGGACCUUCUCCUCUGUCCGUCUGUCUGUCUGUCUGCUCCCAGUGCUGCUCCGACCUCUUUGGCUUCAAAUAAAGCUCGUCAAUAGUUGCCAAACAUGGUUGCCAGCUUAACCUAAUCCACUUAAAGUUGACCGGCUCGUGUAGAUUGAGGAGGUUGUUCGGAGAGCCUCUGCUCACUGAAUCCUAUAAAGUUCGCAGCUCUUGUUCUGUCAUUCGGUUAUUUUCAUAGACAAAUCUGAAACAGCUUAUAAGACAGCUUAUUGAUGAAUCGAUUCGGCUUGUUUUGCAGGUGGGACCCUGAGUCUAACCGCUGGUCUUUUGUGUGCCCCAUGUCCGUGGCCCGUCUGGGUGCUGGAGUGGCGGCAUGUUCGGGGGCUCUGUAUGUGGUGGGGGGAUAUGACGGGAAUAACCGCUGGAACACUGCGGAGAAAUACCAACCUGACACCAACACGUGGCAACAGCUGGCACCUAUGAGCACCAUACGCAGUGGACUGGGUGAGUGUCCGGAUAUACACUCCUCGUCUCUACAGCACUCAGAGGAAAUAUAACGCACACAUCUGAUUGAUCUGUUUGUGUGUCUUCGCAGGGCUGGUGUGUGUGAACUCCUACCUGUAUGCUAUAGGAGGCUAUGAUGGGCAGAGCCAGCUGUGCACUGUGGAGCGUUACAACAUCGCAAGAAACCAGUGGGAGACCAGGGCCUCCAUGCAGUACUGCCGCAGUGCACAUGGAGUCGCCGUCCACCAGGGGCGCAUCUUUGUUUUCGGUCAGUAAUAUCACUUGGAAACAAAAACAAGAAAGUUGAAAGGGGGGAAAAUGAGCUGCAGGACAAGAUGAUUGCAUAGAUGAUGUUAUAUUAUCACUGCUAUGAUUGGCUGUUUCCUGUAUUUCAUUCUUUAUUAUAUUAAAGGUCUUUAAACACCAGGGCCGACAAGAAUAUAGAACACAAAAGUACGAAAUAUCCAGAGGAGAAUUUUGACGCGCCUGACUAUAUACAUCAAGCCUGAUGCGGUUUUGCGACUUUCCAGGGUAAAAAGACGCAUGUUGGGGAAGACUUUUGCCGGGGAAAGUCCCGCCCCCUUCGCCUCUGAUUGGUUAGAAAAGCUGGAAACGUCAUUACACGCUCAAGCCAAACGGUCCGCAUUUAUAGCCAAUCAGAGGCGAUAAGAUAAGCACAUGAAACUAUGGUAACAACCGUUAGCUUACGUUAGCACAGAUGAAAGUUAAAACAAAGAUGUUUAUCAAACUGUUAAAGCGCACAAACCAUCGUCAUAUGAGAGAUCCGACACUAUGACUCUCCACAUGUUGUCCUUCAGGUCGUUAUCUUUGUAAUGUUUGUGUUUUUUAUCAAAAGCACUCUGUUCUCUUGGAUGUACCGGUGAAUCAGACAUUGCAACAACACGCAAUCUGAUUGGUCAGAAGUGGACACACAGUAUACGAAACUUUAAAAAAUGGACCAUGAUCCGAAAAAAUAAGUGCCAGGAUACGGGUUCGAAAAAAAAAAAUAGACGUAUUGACGAAAUAAAAUGUCCCGGUGUGAAAGGACGUUAAAGCUAAAUCAUAUAUUAGCUUUUUUUUUGCAUAUUUUAUUAACAUUUUCACUUUGUGUACAUCAGCCAGCAUAUAACACAAACAUAAACACAUAAAGCAGCACACUACCAGACUCCCACCCAAAAUCCCUCCCGCAUACACCAAAACCUUCUCUGGAAAAUGCACACUGGCUUUACGACAAAUCCAAGAUAGGAAAAGAAAGUAAAUAAUAGAAAUUCAUAAUGCAACAGUCAACUAGAAUAAAACAGAAUAAACAAAAUAAACAAAAACACACACGAGUUCAGCGACAACGUUCUUUGUUAUUUCUUUCUUUAUUACAUUAAAGCUAAUGUAGAUAAAAUCUUAUAUUAGUCUUUUUAUAUAAUUUUACACAAUAAUGAAGAGAACAUCUCUCCGAUACUCAGACAGAUUUAUGAAGUCUUUGAUUAUGUCUUUAAACUUCAUCCAGGAGGUUUUAACCAGCACGGCUUCCUGUCCAGCGUGGAGUGUUACUGCCCAGAGAGGAACGAAUGGACGCAUGUCACGGACAUGCCCGUCGGACGUAGUGGUAUGGGCGUCGCUGUUACCAUGGAACCCUGUCCCGGCAGCCUGCCAGAACAAGAGGAGGACGAGGACGGUGCCACAUAGAGGGAAAAUCUGCUCAAAUCUCGAGUGUUGAAUAAGGUUGGAAAUGGUGCUGCUUUUCAAGAGGGGAUGAAGUGCACUAAAAAAAAGAAAAGAAAAACAACAUCCCUCACAUGUCUCUGCCAUGAUGGAUCUUUUUAUACCCCACUCUGGAGACCUGUGGGUAAGGUUUGUGUGACGAUAAUGAAAACGGAGGGAUUAUGUUUUUAAAUCUUCUGGGAGGACAAGUGACUCAGAAACUGGGAGUAAUACAGUGACCCUCCAGUGAAAAAGGUGCUACAACUGUAAUCAUGAAUGAACUGGUACUAUUUAAUGAAUAAUUUUAUUCUUCAGCCACAUGUAAUCUCUUCAAGUGUUGAGUUUUUGUUUUGAAAGAGAACUUUAAAAGACCUUCAGUGUCUUCUUCUCUACCUCUGUCGGUCUAAAUGAGCACUUUUCCAGUGUUUCCUCUAUUCGUGCCAACGUAGUUUCACCUAAAACCGCCAUUUUUUGUGUAGAAAAUUCAUUGAUUUUUUUUUGUUUUUGUUUGUGCGCACACUGUAUUUAAUUUUGUGUUCCUGGAAAUAAAGUUAAUCAAGCGUGGAUGAUUAACAGCUGAUUUCACACUCGCGCACUGAA